GCGCUUCGAAUCCAUUGAUCUUGACGAUCCCAAGAAGAUUCAGGUUCACAAAAUCCCACUGCGCCGCCGAUUAUCGAGAUGCACGAACUGUAGCGACACACCCAUCGUCGAAUUUCCGCCAUGUCGCAAUACCCUAAUCCGUAUGGCUACGGCCAAUAUCAUGGCGAAUACCCACCUCAACCGUAUGCCUACCCGAACGUCUCCGGUUACCCAGCGGCCAGCCAGAUACCCCCUUACAAUCCUUCCGCCGCACCGAUACAUCGUGAUGCUUCACAGGUCGCUUUCGACCUGAAUGCUACGCAUAUUCCAGGGCUUGGGAUAGGCGGCGCACCUCCCCACGAGACUCACAACUUCGCAUCUGGCAUUGCGUCGUGGACGCAGCCCCCUGGAUUUGCGCCAUUUGCACCAAGUGGCCCGCCAGCGCAGACCUCGCGAUCAGGUCCCUACAACCUCCACCGCCCCCAGGCUAACGCCACCCACGAUUCGAAAACUGGCCCGCCACCACUAACGCAACCCGCCCCGACCGCCGCGCAUCCAACUGCGGACGUUGAUAUGGAGGAAGGUGAGCUGAGCGAGGGCCAGUUUGAGGAUCUGUACGAGCCGCGGGAAGAGGAAUCGGAUGCUCCCGUACAGCCAGUUCCCAAGCCGUUACCAUUUCCGGUUGGAGAUUUCAGCCAACCACCAAGCGCCGCUGAUACACCAGACGGUGGAUUUUAUGGCUCGGACGACGAUGGUGGCGACAAGGAACCUAGGAGGAAUGAUGGUCAUGAGCGCUCAGCGUCCUACUCGCCCUUCCUGUCUCCGCGAGAGAUUCAGAGCGAAAUCCCGACGCCACAACCCACCGCGGACAAGAGGGCUCAACCAAGCUCCGCCCAGCCAGUUGCUGGGGCGCAAAAGCCCGGUGUGCCAGGCCUGGAACCUGCUCCCCAAGGCCCGACCACGUCCUCGAACGGUGCCUCAGCCCAGAUCGGAGAUUCCUCCCCGAAACCGCAAGCAGAUCCAUUGAGUGCUUUCGCAUCCUUGCAGGAAGCGAAGAAGGAGGCGCAGAAGGCAAUUCUGCGUUUAUGGCCCUUGGGUGUCAAAUACCAAAAUUACCUCGACGAGGGGUUCGACGAAAAGCUUAUCAAGAACCUUUUCCUGGAUCUUCGUCUGGACAUGCCCAAGGCCAAUACGGGCUCCUCUGCGCCUCCCUUGAAGGCAACUCAGCAAAUCGAGGGCAGCGGAGCCGACUCGGACAAACCAAGCAAGCCCUCCGACACGCAGCCACAACAUGCCCCUAUCGCCACGAAGGACUCAUCUAUCAUAUCCGAACAGACAAGGAAAGGCGAGGAGCGAAAAGACCGCAUCGCACGGCUCCUUGCAGCGAAGGCAGCUAAAGCACCGGCAGCACCGGCAGCACCAAACCCGCCCACGCCCGCUCCGGCACAACCUAAGCGAACCGAGUCAACCGCACAACACGAGGAGACCGCGCCGGCACCGCCAGCUCCAGCACCGCCCAAACCUAAGACGUGGGGCGAGAAAGAGCGUCUGAUCCAACAGAAAAUAGCCGCGCUACAAAAAUCCCGAGAAGCUCAAAAGUCGACAACCGACACAGCUAGCCUGGGGGGUAACAACGGAGCGUCCGUUCCUCCACCUACUUCAACAAACAGUCCCGCUCCCCUGGCCAUCCCCACAGGUCCCAGGGCAGCAAACGGAUCUCACACGCCGGCCAGCGCUCAGGCAACGCCAUCUCAACCUCGUCAACCGCUGCCUGGUUUGAUGUUGUCAGCAAAUGCCCCGCAGGUGAUUUCGAACCAACGCAAGCGUCCAGUGGCCUCAGAUUUCGUUGAAUACUCAGCAGGGCCAGCCCCGGCGAAGCGGCCCUUCACCCAAGCCCGCAAGGAGACGUCGCUCAUUAUUGAUGUUACAGACGAGUCUGACGACGAGGAGAUGGACAUGGAUAUGGACAUGGAAUCGCCGGGUGAUGAGACAUUGCCGAUUCAAUCGAGCGGCUCGCUUGGUCAACGUGGGCCGGCUGUCCGUGACUUCCCACCACUUACGGAUUCCUUCCCUCCGCGCCAGAUCUCGAGUCCCGCGCCUUCCAUAACUCCACCCGGGGGCCGAGUUAACAGCAAGAAGCGGACUGAGCUUGAUCUGAAAGAAAAGGCAAUCCAGGAUAUGAGACGGAAGAUUGCCCUUGCAGAAGCCAAGCGAAAAGUCAAACAGUCUUCGGGUGGCUCGGUGACGCCAGGCCAAAUCGGGUCAGAGUCCAAGGAUGGCGAGAGCCCUCGGGUCCUAGUUGCCCGACCGGCUGAGUCCAUGAGCAGCCCGAAUCGCUCAGAAAGGGCUUCUCCCCAGCUUCCACCGGACGCGUCAUCACCCCGGCUUUCUCAACCAGCGGACAUGCUGCGCCUUGAUCCGCGUCAGCGAGAGCUUCGCCGAGGCCGUAUCGUGAGCCUUGAAAUUCCCAGAGUUGAAUCAUUCCUCACGGAAAGGAUGAAGCGAAUGCAACAACUGCAGGAUGAACAAGCACGGUUGAAGGCCGAGAUCGACAAUAGCGUUGCCGAGCAAAAGAGGCUGGCUGAUGAGCUGCAAGAACUUGAGACGGCUCCUCCAGCCGACAGCCCACGGCCUAAUGGGUUACAUUCCGAAAAUGACUCGGGUGAUUCAUUGUCGUCUGGCACUGCUAAAGACACUGUUGAUCAACAGAACGAGGUUUUCCCUCCGCAAACGGGAAGCCCCUCAAUUGAUAUCCAGACUGGUGGGUCAUCAUCAGCUCGAUCCGAGUCCGACAGAGGCAUUGGCGCCGCAUCCACCGUCGAAGAGGAGGCCCCGCGAGAAGGACCGCAAGAAGGGCCACAAGAAGGGUCGCAUGGCGGGUCACCGUCACCUUCCGCUGCUGACUUCGGCACCGUUGAAUCUGACGAUGCCGAUUCUGCUGAACAUCUGUCCGACACCAUGGCACAAAUUCAACCGCUGCCGAAUGGUGAGAUGAUAAUUCAAGGAGAUGACGAAGAUGCCUCGGUUCUGUCCUCAGAGUCGCAGCAAGCUGAAAACAACACCCCCCCACCACCUCUACCCGAGCAAGCGGAUCCUUCAAAGGUCGACGAGACCACACCGAUGGAAUUGGAUUCAAGGUCACCCAGCCCGGAGACAGCGGGGCUCACCAGCAGCUUCGACGCAGAAUCUCUAGCCCCACUGCCUGACCAAAUCUCGGGCGCCGCGCAACCCAGGAAGGCAGUGCAAGAAAUAGAGACAGAUGUUGCAGGAGAAGUACAUGUCGUUUCUUCCUGUAUCAUCAGAACCUCGACGCUAACUCGAUUGCAGGUACAUGAUCGCCCAACGUCUCCGUCUGACAGCAAAUUAAUGCCCUACGAAAGCCCACUUCGUUAUUUCCAUGCGUAUCGAUUCCACCCGGAGUACAAAAAUUCAGUUGCCGGUGGCCUGAGGUCUUUGACUUACAGCAACAGAAUUGAUCCCGAAAAGGAACUCUGCCCUUUCGAACUUACUGGAGAACAGUGCCCUGCUACUUGCGAGUUCCAGCAUUUUGGCUCUAUCAGUCCUCCGGAUGACCAAAUCCUCUUGGAGCUUGGAAAUUCCGACGACUAUAGUGGCGAGCAAAAGAGCCGGUUCAUCCAGGGCCUGCGGGAGCUUCUCCAGAAGUUCAAGGCCCAGAAAGUUAAGGACUUCGACACAAUAGCGCGCGGGAUCAUUGAAUUCCGCUCCCAGUUCCUCGGGGACAAAUCCAAGGUACUCCGCUUGGAAGGGGUCACCAUUUGAUCAGGGCGCUUUUCCAGCCGGCAGCCGAACUGGAGGGUGGCAGCCCCACGCCGCCAGUCCAGUUUAGUGUGCCC